UCAGUUCAGCAACAAGCUGCCACGAGGAAACUCAACAGAGAACUCAUCGCUGAAACAUGGCAGAGUGGAGAUCAUUGCCACUCCAUGUGGCCUUUACAGACACCGAGAGGCUCAUUGGAGAUGCUUCAACGCCAUGAAGCCCACCAACACAAUCUUUGACGCCAAACGGCUCAUCGGUAGAAAGUGUGACGGCGCCGUCGUCCAGUCUGAUAUGAAACGCUGGCCUUUCAAGGUCAUCAGCGAUGACGGAAAGCCCAAAGUCCAGGUGGAGUACAAAGGGGAGACCAAGGCCUUCUACCCAGAGGACAUCUCCUCCAUGGUCCGGACAUACCCGGGACAGAGUGUGUCAAACGCAGUCAUCACAGUUCCAGCUUAUUUCAAUGAUUCCACCAAAGACGCCAGUGUGAUCUCAGGACUGAAUGUUGCGGGUUGUGGCCAAGUUGUACCAGCGAGCAGCAGCUCCAAGGAGCCCACUAUCGAGGAACUGAAGCACGGAUCACAACAUUUUGUUCUCAGAAAUACUUUCACUGGAUCACUGUUGUUUGGUCGCAAAAAUGAUGCUCACUCCAAUCUGAAACUUGUUUGA